AUGGAGGAAAAGACCUUUGCAUCAUCAUCAUCAUUCCAACCAAAAAAGAUUUCUCCAUCAUCUAGCUUCAAACCAAAAUUAAACGAUCAAGAUUAUAUGGAACUGGUUUGUGAAAAUGGGCAGAUUCUUGCAAAGAGUGGAAGACUCAACAACAAUGGUUUUUCUAUGAUACAACGUACGCAAUCUCUCUUGGAUUUGUAUAAGACCGAGUACGAUGAAAGUUUCAAGAAAAACAUCAAGAAUCUUGGAGACUCACAAGUUGUUCCGGUGAGCGAAUCUCAACCACAACAAGAUGAACAAAAUGAUAAUGAUAGCAAGAAGAAGAAGGAGAUUAAGCCCUCGAAGAUCGAAUUCGAAAGAGAUGUUUUUAAAAAGAAGAAACGUUCUGAGUCAUCAACAACAUUAGUUGAUGAUUCUUUGAAAGGUUUAAAGAAUGUUGAAGUUAUUACAGCUCCUCCUGAUGAACAAUCUGCUGCUAUAGGAAGAUCAACGGAAUUGUAUUUUGCUUCUUCAUCGAGGUUUUCUCGAGGCACUUCGAGAGAUUUUCCUCUAAAGAAGAAUUAUGGAGACAUUGAAGAAGAAGAAUCAACCUAUUUAAGUAAUAAUUCGGAUGAUGAAUCAGAUGAUGAAUCAGAUGAUGAAAAGACACAAGUUACUAUGAGAACAAGAAAGACGUUGACUAAGAGAAAACGAAGCACAGAAGUCCAUAAGCUAUCUGAAAGAAGGCGAAGAGAUGAGAUCAACAAGAGAAUGCGUACUUUGCAAAAUCUACUACCUAACUGUUACAAGGAGGACAAAGUAUCAUUGUUGGAUGAGGCUAUCAAAUAUACUAGGACCCUUCAACUUCAAGUUCAGAUGAUGAGUAUGGGAAACGGAUUAGUCCGACCACCUAUGAUGUUCCCAAUGGAUCAUUACUCUCUCAUGAGUCUAGGAAUGCAUAUGGGCGUAGCAACAACAUCAGUACCACAAUUUCUGCCAAUGAAUGUUCAAGGAACAGGUUUUUUGGGGAUUAAUGAUCCAACAUCACAAAUGCCAAGCUUUCUUAAUCACCCAACAGGACUUAUCCCAAACUCUCCAAUGUUUUCUCCACUGGAAAGUUACUCUCCGCAGUUUGUCAGGCCUUUGUGUGAUCCUCAGACUCUCGCUACUUCCUUUACUCAAUUCCCAAACUCUGCCUCGACCUCAAACUUAGAAGACGCAACACUAUUUAGAGGAAGUAAUGGUUAUUAUCACUCGCUAAAGUAG